UGUAAAGCGGUAUUAGUUGUCACAUUUGACAUUUGUGUCAACGUGACGUUUUGAUGUGGGUUAGAUUGAUUGACUUUUUUCGAGAAUUAAAUGGUAAAGCUGAAAUUAUACAACCUAGCACUCCAAUUUCCAUUAAAUAACGAAUAUGACCACUUCGGACGUUUAUAAUGACUUGAGUCUAUAUGUUACACCCGAGAAAUUCUACCUUGAACCCAGAAACAGCGACGAACUCUUGAUUAUCGACCGACCUUCGGAGCAAAUCACGAUACAGAGAAAUGUCGGCCAGAUUCCUGCCUCGAGCAGCAGAAGGGACUUCUGUGGACUGCUGGGUACGAUCCAUCUACUGGCAGGACCCUACCUAGUCGUGGCCCUCCAGAGAGACCUGGUGGGGUACAUCGCCGGCCACGCUGUCUGGAGACUAGCCAAAGCCGAGCUAGUGCCUUACAAUAGAACAUUGUUGCAUUUAGAUGCUGAGCAGCAGAACGACAACAACGUCUACCUUUCCAUGGUGGAACAGAUGCUUUCCACACCCUUCCAUUACUUCAGCUACGACUAUGACAUCACGCAUUCCAUCCAGCGCCUGCACGACAUCAGCCCCGACUUCUGGCAGCAAUCUCUGUACGAGCGAGCUGAUCAACGAUUCGUUUGGAACAAUCAUUUGCUGCAACCCUUCAAGAGCGCGGGCGUCAAGCGUUUCUGCUUGCCGCUACUCCACGGAUUCGUUUCGAUUAACCAAUGUGUCAUCAAUGGCCACAAUCUCAGCUGGACUAUCAUCUCACGCCGAAGCGUGUUACGUGCAGGGACAAGGCUGUUCCGAAGGGGCAUCGACAGGGAUGGGAACGUUGCUAAUUUUGUAGAAACAGAGCAGAUAGUGGAGUUCCUAGGCGACCGCGCUAGCUUCGUACAGAUAAGAGGAUCCAUACCCCUGUUCUGGCAUCAGAACCCGGAUUUACGGUACAAACCACCGCCUACCCUUCUGGAUGUGGACCCCCAGGAGCAGCAGGCUGCGUGUCUACGUCACUUGGAGGAAAUGACUGCUAUCUACGGCAAGCAAGUUCUGGUGAAUCUCAUCGAUCAGACUGGUAGAGAAGGUGGAAUUGAGAAGGCCUUCAGGGAUACCAUCAGUAUUUUAGGGUUUGCUUCUGCAAGAUACGAGCCUUUCGAUUUCCACCACGAGUGUAGAAAGAUGCGCUGGGAUAGGCUCUCAAUCCUCAUCGACAGAAUUGCUCUGGACCAGGAUGAAAUGGGCUUCUUCCUGAUUCUUCGGGACGGCUCUUUGAGCUCUCUUCAGGACGGAGUGUUCAGAACGAACUGCAUCGACUGCUUGGAUAGGACGAACGUGGUACAAAGUAUGCUCGCCCACAGAAAUUUGGAUGUGGUGUUGAAGAAACUGAAUAUUCUGCAUCCGAAUCAGAGGUUAGACGAGCAGUCAUCGUUCGAGAUGCUAUACAAGAACGUGUGGGCCGACAACGCGGAUUUCAUCAGCAUUCAGUACUCUGGAACUGGAGCUCUGAAAACGGACUUCACUAGGACAGGAAAGCGCACACAGCUGGGAUUGAUUCGGGACGGGAUCAACUCUCUCGUGAGGUACUAUAAGAAUAACCUGACAGACGGCUACCGGCAAGACUCCAUAGACUUGUUUCUGGGUUACGGGAAGAUCAUCUCGCCUCUGACAGUGGAGAAGGGCUGGCGAUACAUGACGUUCCCUUCGGUUCUUCUGAUGGCCAUCGCGAUNGUUAUUUAUGUGACCUUCAAAAUCCAAAUUCUUAUCAAUUUGUAA